CUUUGCCAACAGAAUCUUCGUCUCCACGACCCGCGGCCGCAAGUUACAACAUCUUCGUCAUGUGCAUCACAGUCUAUUCCUUAUUUACUGUUUGUGGACAUUACCCGCCCUCCGAUGAGCAGAGAUGCGCAACUUACUCCAGCUAUUCGACCCCGAGGAAGAAAUUUGUGGAUUGCUGCGAUAACGAGGCCAAAAUAGUCAAAUUCGUCUUUGGUUGGUGCCCAGACUGCGAGAUAGUGCUCUUCGAAGGUGUCACUACUGGCAAAGGGAAGGAGAAGGCGCACGACGGCGAAUCUCGAAACAUACACGCCGUUCGGCGAUAUUGGGAAUACAAGUUUAUUAUAGGAUGCGCGACGGCCAUUAAUGCUACGACACGGUUACGGUUUAUAGUCAGCCUCGAUCGGGAUAUGGCAAUGGACAGCCCAACGCGGACAAGCAUAAGCAUGUUUAAUAGACUGCUGGAGAUGCUGGAACUUGGAAGAGAAAUGUCCCUUUCUCAGAGAGCGAUGGAUUUUCGCACGUUGACUGUCGACGAGGCGACGCUUCAGAGAGCACUCUUGAGGUUGAAGCCUUCUGAGAUAUGGCUUGGGCCGGGGAAGCAUAGCUAUGCUAUCGCUGGUCGGGACGGAUUCGCAACAAUGCUCCAUAUGGUAAGAAUCGGCACCAUUAUGUGGGCUAAUGGUGAUGAUGAGGUUUAUGAAAAGGAGCCUAGCGUGUCUUCACAUUGGGAGAGUCCUUAUGCCCCGGGAAUCUGGAAUGUGACUAGAUAUGGUGAGGCUGUAGCUGGUGCAGCUGAGGCUCCGUACAUAACUGGAUUGACGUGGCGAGAGGGUAUUAAGCUGAGACUUGAGUCAAUACUGGAGGCUUGGAGUUAUAUUGUGUAGCGAUGUACCUCUUUACCUUGCUUUUUGCUUGGAGCGAAGAAUGUUCCAAAUGGAUUAACUAGCGAAUAAUAUAAUAGCCGAAAUGAUGCGUUUUGGAAGCUCGGAUGGAGGACAUUGCAUGGUGAUUUUAGUGUAGUCUGUUUGCGAAGUUGUACACACUACUUA